AUGGAACCAACGUCCCAAUCCUUGAAUGAAGAGCAACGUCGAACCGCUAACUAUCAUCCCAGUAUUUGGGAUCCCACCGCCAUCCAAUCCUUUACUACUCCAUACACUUACGAACUCUAUGCUACACAAUUGGAGGAUCUAAAACAAAAGGUUAGUAAAUUGCUUGCCUCAACGAAAGACACACCUGCCUUGUUGAAGCUAAUAGAUUCAAUGAAGAGGCUUGGAGUGGCCUACCAUUUUCAGGAACAGAUUCAACAGGCUUUGAAUCAAUUGAAUUCGUAUCUAAAGCUUAUCUCCGAUGAUCUUUCCACAGUAGCAUUGCAUUUCCGGCUCCUACGAGAGGAUUGUUUUCCUAUUACUGUAGAUGUGUUGGAGAAAUUUAAAGGUGGAGAUGGGAGGUUCAUGGGGAGCUUAUGUGGGGAUGUUGAAGGGCUUUUGAGAUUGAAUGAAGCUUCAUUCAUGUGGGAUAUACUUUGCAGAGCUCAUAUCACAGAAGCCAGAUGGUUUUAUGGAGGUCAAAUUCCCACUUUUGAUGAAUAUAUUAAAAACGCAUGGAUUUCAAUUGGAAGCCUUGGAGGGUUGGUUCUUGUUUGUUUUGUGGAGGCAGACUCCAUUGUUCAUCAAUUUCCAAAUUGUCUCAAGGAUUCUCAAUUAUUUUACCGGCCAUCUCUAAUUACUCGACUCAGUAAUGAUCUGGGUACUUCCAAGGCUGAGAUGGAAAGAAAGGACAUACCGAAAGCAGUGCAGAGUUAUACGAUUGAAAAAGGAGUAUCAGAAGAGAAAGCACGAAAUCAUGUAAAAGAACUGAUAAGCAAUUCAUGGAAGAAGAUCAAUGAAGAAAUUUUGGAUAGUCGUUUCUCUCGAGUUAUUGUGAAUUUAUCUAAGAACAUGGCUCGAACUGCUCAAUGCAUAUACCAGCAUGGUGACGGAGUUGGGACAUCUACUGGUGUCACUAAAGAUUGUAUUGUUUCAUCAAUUCUUAGGCCUAUUCCAAUAUAG